ACGAGAGAGGAGGGUUAUGUGUGAGCUCAUGUGAGUGUAUGAACAAGGGAUGAUAAACCCUCUGGAAAAGGACGGCUGAUUAGUGAGAAUAGCUCAAAAAUGGAACCACGGCAAGAUGGCAAGAAAAGGACAUGAACCAUUGCUUUGGAUUUUAUAGGAAAACAGAGCUUGGUAGGUUUUUGAGGACUGAGAAGAACAUCUUUUUGUCACUAAGUUUAAAUAGAGAGGGGAACUAGAGACCAUCUGAGGAUCAGAUUCGCCCUCCAGAGCUUAAUUCCUCGCUUGGUUUUAAAAACGGGGACAAAGGUUAAAGGAAAUGUUGGCAGAGGAGUGAAGAAACGAAGAUGGUAUUUUAUCUGAGCGGCUGAGCCCCUUUUACCUCAGGUGAAACCUCAGCUCUCUGCCCACUACUACAGAUCAGCAAGGUUACUUCCCGAGGGGUGGCUGCGCUGACUAAACUACAGCCAUGCUGUGUGGUCUGAGGAGGGACACCAAAAACAGCAUUGAUGAAGGACCAUACUCAAAGGGGAGCAAGGAGUCCGGGGCAGCUGACCAAUCCCAUUCGUCCUGCAGGCGCAGCUUCUCAGCAGAGGAGUACAGAGGAGUGACCACGGUGGACCUGAUGAAAAGGGAAGGCAGCAGCCUUGGCCUCACCAUCUCCGGAGGCUCCGAUAAGGACGGCAAGCCCAGAGUGUCAAACCUACGGCCAGGUGGGCUAGCUGCCAGGAGUGACCAGCUGAAUGUAGGCGACUACAUCAAGUCAGUGAAUGGCAUCAACCUGUCAAAGCUUCGCCACGAUGAGAUCAUCAGCCUGCUGAAGAACAUCGGGGAGCGAGUUGUGCUGGAGGUGGAGUACGAGCUGCCUCCAUUCGUCCAGAACCCCACAGGAGUCUUAACCAAAACCAUAGAGGUGUGUUUACACAAGGAGGGAAACAGCUUCGGGUUCGUCAUGAGAGGAGGCUUCCACGAGGACUGGCGCAGGUCUCGUCCUCUGGUGGUUACAUACGUCAGGCCUGGAGGUCCUGCUGACAGAGAGGGCACUUUGAAGGCCGGAGACCGAGUAUUGAGCGUCGACGGGAUGCCUUUAAACAGAGAGAAGCACGCCGACGCUUUGACCAUGCUGAUGCAGAGCGGCCAGGAAGCUCUGUUCCUGAUUGAGUAUGACGUCUCUGUCAUGGAGGCAGUGCAGCAAGCCUCGGGCCCUCUGCUGGUGGAGAUAGUGAAAGGUCCAUCCACCAGCCUCGGGAUCAGCCUCACCACAACAAUAUACAGGAGCAAACAAGUUAUUAUUAUUGACAAGAUAAAGCCAGCCAGCGUGGUGGAAAGGUGUGGAGCGCUGCACGCAGGUGACAUCCUUCUGUCUAUAGACGGGACCAGCACAGAGCACUGCUCUCUGAUGGAGGCCACGCAGCUACUUGCCAGCACUUCUGAUGUUGUUAAACUGGAGAUUCUCCCUGCCAGUCAGAGCAGACUCCCCGUCAGGCUGCAAGAUGCAGUAAAAGUGCAGAAGAGCAACCAUCAUCACUGGGACCAAAGCAGCAACUACUGCCAUCCCCCACAUGCCAGCCACAGCAAGACAUGGAGCAGCCCAAGCCACCCACACAACCAGCAGGACCACUGCAAAUCUCUGGUGAGUGGUGGCUUCUCCCCUUCCUCCACAGCCACUUCAGGCUUCAGCAGCCAGGGGAGCAACACGCUGCCCUGCCCCAUCCCUCCGAUCGCACCCACCAGCCCCCGCAGCUCCACGGGCAAGAGGAGGAACAGGAAGAAGGACCACAAAAGCUCAUUAUCUCUGGCGUCCAGCUCUGUUGGCCCAGGGGGGCAGGUUUUUCAUGUGGAAACAAGCGAGGUCAUCCUGAGGGGGGAUCCGCUCACAGGUUUUGGGAUCCAGCUGCAGGGGGGUGUCUUUGCCACAGAAACCCUGUCCGCUCCCCCAGUCAUCCGCUUUAUUGAGCCCGACAGCCCAGCUGAGAGGUGUGGGCUGCUGCAGGUCGGAGACAGACUGUUGUCCAUUAAUGGGAUCCCAACUGAAGACGGCACUUUGGAGGAAGCCCAUCAGCUGCUCAGAGACUCCGCUCUGGCCAAUAAAGUCACAGUGGAGAUUGAGUUUGAUGUCGCAGAGUCAGUGGUUCCCAGCAGCGGCACCUUCCACGUUAAACUACCAAAGAGGAGAGGAGUGGAGCUGGGCAUCACCAUCAGUGCAAGUAAGAAACCUGGCAAGCCCCUCAUCAUCUCUGACAUCAGAAAAGGAAGCAUAGCACACAGAACAGGCACUCUGGAGCCAGGAGACCGGCUGCUGGCCAUCGACAGUGUGCGUCUGGAGAACUGCACCAUGGAGGACGCCAUGCACGUCCUGCAGCAGGCUGAGGACAUGGUCAAACUCCGCAUCCAGAAAGAUGAGGACAACAUUGAUGAGUUGGAGAUGUCGGGCUCUAUAAUCUACACAGUUGAGCUGAAGAGAUAUAACGGACCACUGGGUAUCACGAUCUCUGGCACAGAGGAGCCCUUUGACCCCAUCGUCAUUUCUGGCCUCACCAAGAAGGGCCUGGCAGAGAGGACCGGGGCCAUCCAUAUAGGGGACCGAGUCCUGGCCAUCAACGGGGUCAGUCUGAAGGGAAAGCCACUGAGUGAGGCCAUCCACCUCCUGCAGAUGGCCGGGGAGUCCGUCACCCUCAAGAUCAAAAAACAAGCCGACCAGUCUGAUGGCCGGCGGCCUCCUGACAGAGUAGCUGGGUUUUUAAGUGACACAGAGGAUGACCUGACAGACUCCCAGAAGACCAGUAAACACUCAGAGGUCUACUCUGCCACUCUGCCCAGUAUAGACUCUGCUAUGAGCUCCUGGGAUAGCUCAGGGUUUGACGCGGGCUACAGUAGCCAAGCAACAUAUCUUCACAAAGCAUCCGAUAUACUGCUCAAUCCAAAUGAGUGGAGACGCACAAAACACAGGAGCCAAACCAGCUCCAGCUCUGCAGGCCUGAUCCACCACGCAACGUUGUACGAUGGGAGAUUCACUGAGGAUGAGUGGGACAAGAUACCAGGAUUCGUCAGCCCCCCUCGUUGCCAUGGCACCCUGAACCAGGAGGACAGCUUCUGGUCCCAGGCUUUGCAGGACCUCGAGACCUGCGGCCAGUCAGAGAUUCUCAGGGAGCUGGAGGCAUCCAUGACAGGUAGCGCUCUCAGUCUGUACCUAGAGGAGACCAAGACCAACGACGACUCAAUGUUCCAGUCUGAAAUUAGUCCCAUUAAGAGGGAGGGACUGCACAGCGACUCUAACAACAAGAGCAACUUGAACAUGUCGACUGGAGCCAGAGACGUACCAUCACGGGGCAGAGGGGACCCCUCUGAUAUUUUGUCCCCUACCCCUCUGGCACUGCACAAGGUGUCUAUGAGGAAAGACCUCGAGAGCCGUGACUUUGGUUUCAGUGUAUCCGACGGGCUCCUGGAGAAAGGGGUGUAUGUCAACAUGAUCCGCCCCGAUGGCCCCGCUGACCGGGCAGGGUUAAAACCUUUCGACCGCAUUCUUCAGGUGAACCGUGUCAGGACCAGGGAUUUGGACUGUUGUCUAACUGUGCCCCUAAUUAUAGAGGCAGGAGACAGCCUGGACUUGGUCAUUAGCAGGAAUCCACUGGCAGCCGCAGACACCGGGCUGCCCGACGACUGUGACGACCCCUCAAACUCACUGUUCUGCUUUCCCGAGCACAGGACCAACAGCAUCGCCCUGUGACCACAAAGACAGACGCUGGCUUUUUAAAACAGUGGGACCACACAAACACACACACACAGACACACACACACACACACAAUGUCGCACACGUUUUUUCACGUGGUACUACUCAGACAGACCUUCACACUCAAAUCUCUCUCUCACCGCCUGAAAGCAUCACUCACUCACAAAGUUAGAAACGCAUGUGUUCAUUGCUGACGGUUUUAGUCACAGCAUUCACAUGAUGCAGUUUUCAGAGGAGGCUCUGGCUUCAGGGCAGCAGCGCCCCCCCCCCCCCCCCCCCCCCCCCCCCCCCCCCCCCCCUUCCCUCUCCAGAGGCAAAGCCACAUGCAGGGUUAUAUAACAGGGGGAGUCAUAGCUUCUGACGGAGCCAGGAUGUCAACACACACGCCUCAGCUCUGGACAGGGUCAAAUGCUGCAAACACACGCACACAUGCACUGCAUAAAUCCACUAUCUUUGCUUUAAUGAGCUUCACGUUUCCAUUCAAAGAACAUUUUACACAAUCUUUCUUUUUGAUGCACACAAAAGACACACAAUUCUUUUACAUAAAACACAUUGACAUGCGGGAUGUUAGUGGACUCAAGGUCCAAGGCACAUUGUGCUUAUUGAGUUAUUUUAGCCACGACUUGGCUCACUGCCCUCGUUUCCAGUCUCUCCUCCACACUGCCCGCCCUAGAGAAGGGACAGUGCCUCCAAAUAGACCGAAUGCUCUUUCCAAGUAUCAUUAGCUGCAUUUUAAAGCCCCUUACAUCUAAAUACCAGGAAUGCUUGUGAAGACACUCUACCCUUUCUGUUUUAAAGUGGGUGUCCUGUAAUGGAUAAAAUAGUUUCUGAAUAGUGCCAGAGAGUGUUCAGAGAUAUAACGUUUUGUUUUUUUUUUUUUUUGUUCCCAACUUGAUGAGUCAGCCACAUGUGUACAAAGAUAUUUUCUGUUCCACAUUCUGCACACCUUUCUUUCUAACACUGCAUUUGCACGUAAUGCACGUUUUAUGAGUUAUCAGUUCAGAUUUCCCCCGUCACUUGUUUCACUAUGUAAAUCGGCGUGUCUCUCUGUGGCAUUGCACCAGAAUGACUUAUGGGUUGGUUUGUGGUCCGUCACUGAUGCUUCCUCAAGUGAAUUACAUCCUUUCCCCAAACAGGAGGAUGAAAUGCCUUUCAAUUUUCAGUGAUGAAUGAUUUUUUUGUCUUUACUCCACAUCUGACUGGACUGAUGUUCCUCUCUGCAGUAGCUGUUUAUCCUGCCGAUAUCUAAUAAGCAUGUUAAGCAUGCAUAGGGUUUGUCCUCAGAAAGUAGCUCUUCCUUAUAAUAAAACAGAACUGGAGUGACGUCUGUUCGCUCCGACAGGAUCUUUGUGAGUGCCCCCUUUUUUUAUCAUGACUUGUUUUUAUAAAGCUUUUAUGUGACAGAUCAGACCUGCUGAUCCAGCUGCCUCUCUGAAAAUAAGAAACAUGUUUUGUUUCAUGUGUCGGCUGAUGUGAAGAUGUUGUGAGAUAGUUACGCUGUCCCGUUUAGAGCAGACUGAUUGAUCCUUGGGGCGGUAACUUUUUCAAUCUGAUUUCAGACACACGUCUUAUAUUAAAUGUCAUGUUAUAUACAGAGGCCUAUUUUUAAGGUUUUAUAUUAAUUUAUUGUAUCUUUAUUUUGCUGUAUAAUGUAUCAUGGUAUGCAGUGCUUUAUUUUUAUUUACAGUACAUGCACAUACAGUAUAGUGUCUUCAUAUGAGCUGUGAUACUGAAUGUGGCUGCACAUUGUUUGGUUUAUUUCUCCUCCCUGAGUACGUCGGGAAUCGUCUCAAAGGAACUUGAAAGAUUUAUUGGAUAUGAUUUUAUUUUUGUUAUUUAAUUUAUUAUAAACUAAGAAAUGUAUUUCUUUUUAUGAGAAUAAAGUUCAUGAAUCCAUAGUUGA